AUGAGGCUCGACCUCGAGAUCACCGCUCUCAACCUACUCUGCACAUCCUUCGGUCUCUUCUUUAUCGCGUACGGCACCUUCUCCUAUCUCAUUAAGGAGAGGCUCUUUCUCGGCGAAGCACCUCUUGCUGUCGUCAUUGGCAUCGGACUUGGUCCCUACGGGCUCGGAGGCAUCUUCAAUUGGGCAUCAAAAGAGACCGACAUCGAUGAGGUAUCUCUAGGAUUAUGUAGGGUGGUUAUUGGCAUCCAGCUCACGCUGGUGGGUGUGCAGCUUCCGUACAAGUAUCCAUGGAUCGAGAUCCGCAGCUUGGCCGUGCUGCUUCUGCCAAUUAUGACUGUCAUGUGGCUCUCGACUACGCUUUGCAUCUGGCUUGUCAUACCCUCCUUGCCGGUGCUAGCUGGACUUGUUAUUGCGACAUCAGCCACACCUACUGAUCCAGUGCUGUCAAAUGCCAUCGUCAAAGGUGCAUUUGCAGAUCAGUACGUCUCUCCUCGCAUCCGCAACCUCAUCUCGGGGGAGAGUGGCGCCAACGACGGGUUCGGUUACCCAUUCCUCUUCCUUGCCGUCCAUCUUCUCAAGCUAGAGACAACCACUGAAGCCCUUACAGCCUGGCUCCUCGAAACGUGCCUCUAUACUGUCGGAGGUGCCGUCAUCUACGGUAUCGUUGUCGGCUACCUUUGCCGCAAGUUCAUCGAGUUCUCAACUGAUCACAAUUUCAUCGACAAGGAAAGCUUCUUAUUGUACGGUGCAGCCAUGGGAGUCUUCAUCAUCGGAUCAGGUGGAGUCAUGCAGAUUGAUGACCUACUAGCAGCUUUUGUCGCCGGCAAUGCGCUGUCAUGGACCGACUUCUAUCGCGAGCAAUGCGAGGAGUCUGAGGUCGAUAACUGUCUUGACUUGCUCCUCAACCUCGUCUUCUUCAGCUUCCUCGGCGCCACCAUUCCAUGGGACUCGUUCAAUGAUCCCGAGAACGGCGUCACACCAGGCAAGCUUGCGCUGAUGUGCAUUCUCGUUCUGCUCUUCCGUCGGCUGCCAGCGAUGUUGGCAUUCUACCGCUUCGUACCAACGCUGCACGACGUUUCAGAGGCUUGCUUCAUCGGUUACUUUGCCCCGAUUGGUGCCGGUGCGCUGUUCUACCUUGGCGUCAUCUUGGACGAGUUUAAGCCAGACGACCCUUCACCGGUCGCAAAACGCAUUCGAGUACUAGCCAAGCCGGUCACCUACGCACUCAUCCUUUCAUCCAUCAUCGGUCACUCGCUCGCCAUUCCACUCGUCAAGGCCGCGUUCGAGUAUUUCAACGUCAAAUCCAUCAAGCUCGACGGCGAGUCGGACAUCAGCGCUGACGAGGACAACAAGCAGCAAGACCAAGAUGACGAUGACCAAGAAGAGGAAGGCGGAGCAGCCGGAGAGGAAAAUGACAUUCUUCGAGCACGCGGUUACGCUCGACCCAUUCGAAACCGUCGCGAGGAGAUGUCGGUUGAAGACGAGUACGAGCAUGGCGAGCACCGCGAUCGAGACAGACGCUACUCUCAACAGUCUACUGACUCGCGACGCAGUUCGCGUGCUGCUGACAGCAGCGAGCAUUCCGAAUCGUACCACCACUCGACGAUUCAUCGUCCCGAGAACAAGCAGCGUCGUGCUAGCCAUAGAGAAGAUCCGGAAUCCGGUGGUGCUUAUCACCGUGAUGGAUCUUGGGAUAAGCGUGCAUCAUGGCGCGUGUCGAGCGGCCACAAACUGGGCCCACACCAUCGACUUAGGAGGAACGAACAGACAGGUCAGCUCGAGCUCGACCCAAGAAUGUACACAGUCGAGCAUGGGGCACCCGUCCACGGGCAUGCGAGAAGAAGAGGUAGACGCGACGGAAGAAGUACGAGUCGAGGUCAGCGUAGGACAAGCACUGCUGAAGAGGACCAGCAGAAUCUGUUGGAGCAAGGUCGAAGCAACGCGAAUGGUCAGGGUGGAUCGUAUGGCAGCAUCAGCCAUCAUUGA